CAUUGGCUGGUGCUUUUGCUUGUCGGGUCAAAGUCCCAUCUCACCUCGUGUCGACUACAUCACCAAGUUCUCUACGAGUUCGUGGUCAUGGAGUGCUAAAAAGCGGAGCACCUCGUGCUUCAAGUCGAACAAACAGAAAUAUGGCGUUGCGUUUCGUUUUGCGUGGUUCUUUGCUUCCAUUGAGAAGAAAAUCGUUGCGUAGAAGAGUGACCAAUCACAGACAUGGCUCAGGAUCUGCUGGAUUUCUUUCUGCCGCCUCCGUUUCGUGAUAGCGACCCGGUUGGCGCAUUUCCUGAUGUCUCCUCGUUAGGAGACUUCGUCUGCGGCGACUUCGUCAAUGCGGGAGCCUUUGACGCUCUUCAAAACCAGUCGGUCCCCACUUUGGGAGAAGACUCGUUCGAACGUGAUUGGCUAAGCGAAUGUCUGGGUUCCGACUCGUUUCUGUUGCCGCAGCAACCGUUGGAGAAACUCGUGCUCGACAGCGCGAGUCUGAGCAGUCUGUCGACAGGCGAGCAGUCGCUGGUCUCUGUUUCCAGUUUGUCGGCAGGCGAGCAGUCGCCGGUCUCUGUUUCCAGUUUCGGCUCUCCUUCUUCGACUGGCUCCUCGUUGCCGGACAAUGUUUUCGGCGAACCUAAACAAGCACCACUGCAGUUCAAGAUUCUGUCUUCUCUCAAACCGUCUGAGCCGCAAGAACUAGUUCUGACCGACUACUGUGAUGCUGCGUCUCCUCAACAACUCGUCACAUCCAAGAGCGGUUCUACUUCCUCCUCGUGUCAGCAGGAGUCGACCACCAAGUCGAAGAAGUCGACUGCACGCAAGGCACGCAAGCGCGUGCAGAACAGAGAUGCCGCAACGAGAUACAGAAUAAAGAAGAAGAGCGAGCAGGGCACUCUGGACGAGCAGGUGCGGCGCUUGGAGUCGGAGAACAAGCGGCUGGAAGACAUGCUCGCCAAGAAGAUGGCAGAACGGAAUACGCUGAGAAGUCUGUGGGAGGAGGUGCAGGGAGCUAAAAGGGUGGCGUUUAUAGCAUCAUAAAGGGCGUAGCUAGCGCGAGGCACUAACUAAAUAGCAGCAACAGCAGCAACUCACUGUAUAGUAUUUGCAUUUUGAUAUUUUAGUGGCGUAUGCAUCAGUAUUGAUAGGGUUGACAAUGUAACAGGGUUUUCUAGCUUAAUUAAUGAGAGGUAUGACAA